AUGGGUUGUAAUCAAUCGAAGAUCGAGAACGAAGAAUCAAUUCUCCGAUGCAAAGAACGAAAGCGUUACAUGAAAGAAGCUGUUUCAUCUCGUAAUGCUUUCGCCGCCGCUCACACCGCCUACUCAACCUCCCUUAAAAACACCGGCGCCGCCUUAGGUGACUUUUCUCACGGCGAAGUUGCCAAUCCUCAAUCAACCACCAUCGGUGAUAAUUCCUACAUACCAGUACUACAACCACCUCAAAAACCCUUCGACAUCCCUCUUCCUCCACCACCACUUCCUGAAGAUUUCUCUCCUGCGCUUCAACGUGCUGCUUCCAUGCCUGAAAUCAAGAUCAAUAAGCCCGAUCCUAGGCCCAUGCCCAAUCCCAUUCUCGAGGAAGAAGAUGAUGAAGAACUAGAAAAUGAAGGCUCUUUGAGGAAAAGAAGAAGUAAUAGAAACGUUGGUGUUGGUGUUGUUGUUGGGGGUGUGAAUAGUAAUAGAAGAUUAGAGGAUGAAGAAAUUGAAGCUCCACCACCUAUGCCGCCACCUUUAGUGAAGCAACCACCGAUUAGUAGUGAUCAUCUUGGUAAUAACAAUCAAAGUCAUCAUCAUCAUACUAUGUCCAAUCCGCAACAAAAUUCCGCUGCUUGGGAGUAUUUUUUCCCAUCAAUGGAGAAUAUUGCAGGAACAAGCUUGAAUGAAGAAGGCGAACAUGGAGGAGGAGUUACAUUCAAUAGAAUGCAGCAUACUGCAAUGCCUAGUAGGGUUGGUAUUGUGGAAGAGCCUGUUACAGCUCGAAUGGGUGUUGGUGUUGAGAUUCCUGGGCAUAUUCGUGAGCCUGAUCAUAUCCCUGAGCACGAGGAAGUGAUGGAGUCGCCGAUGGAGUCACCGUUGCCAUCGGGGUUGAAGAUGAAGCAGAUGCCGGUUACGCCUCCUUCAAUGGAGGCAAAGAGGAUUGUGAAACAUAAUAAUAGUGUUAAUUUGGUGCAGAUAUUUACUGAUCUUGAUGAUCAUUUUCUUAAGGCUUCUGAAAGUGCUCAUGAGGUUUCAAAGAUGCUUGAGGCUACAAGGUUGCACUAUCACUCCAAUUUUGCUGAUAAUAGAGGACACAUUGAUCACUCCGCAAGGGUCAUGCGAGUUAUUACUUGGAAUCGAUCCUUUAAAGGAAUACCUAAUUUGGAUGAUGGGAAGGAUGAUUUUGACUCAGAUGAGCAUGAAACUCAUGCUACCAUCUUGGACAAGUUGCUAGCUUGGGAAAAGAAACUUUAUGAUGAAGUUAAGGCUGGUGAACUAAUGAAAUUUGAUUACCAAAGAAAAGUCGCUUCACUAAACAGGCUGAAAAAAAGAGGUAAUAACUCUGAAGCAUUGGAGAAAGCCAAAGCAGCUGUCAGUCAAUUGCAUACAAGAUAUAUUGUAGAUAUGCAAUCAUUGGAUUCGACAGUCUCAGAGAUUAACCGAUUACGUGAUGAACAAUUGUAUCCAAGACUUGUUAAGCUUGUUGAAGAGAUGGCCGCUAUGUGGAAAAAAAUGUUAUCUGAACACGAGAAGCAAUCGGAGACUGUGACAUUGCUGAGAUCGUUGGACCCUUCCCAAUCUCCUAAGCAGACAAGUGAACACCAUCAUGAGCGAACUUAUCAGCUAUUGGUUGUUGUUCAACAGUGGCAUUUACAAUUUGAGAUGCUAGUCAACAAUCAAAAGGGAUACAUAAAGUCCCUAAGUAAUUGGUUAAAAUUAAAUCUUAUCCCUAUUGAGAGCAGUUUAAAGGAGAAAGUUUCUUCACCUCCAAGAGUUAGAAGUCCGCCUGUACAAGGUCUUCUCCAUGCAUGGCAUGACCGUCUAGAGAAAAUUCCCGAUGACCUUGCUAGGACAGCUAUAGGAAACUUUGCUGCUGUGAUAGAUACUAUUUUCAAUCAACAAGAAGAUGAGAUGGUUUUGAAGAGGAAAUGUGAGGAAAGUCGAAAGGAACUUUCCCGCAAAACCAGGCAAUUUGAGGAUUGGUAUCACAAGUAUAUGCAAAGGAAAAUGCCAGAAGAAGUUGAUCCAGAGGCUGAAGAUGCCAAUGCUCCUGAUGAAGUUGUUACAGAGAAGCAGUUUUUGGUUGAACAAGUGAGAAAGAGGUUAGAACAUGAGGAAGCAGAAUAUGAAAAGCAAUGCAUCCAAGUAAGGCAAAAAACUUUGGGAAGUCUCAAAAAUCGCAUGCCAGAGCUCUUCAGGGCCAUGUGUGAUUUUUCUCUUGAAUGUUCUAAAAUGUACAUGGAAUUAGGUUCAAUAUCACAGCACCUAGGCCAGAACUCAUCAUGAGGUGGUUUGCGUAUUUCAUUAUGCUUAUUUUUUGUGGGUAAAUUAUUUUUUUCUUGGAUAUAUGUUAUAUGAUAUUACUCUUGAAGUCUCCUGAUUUGUGGAUAAACCCUGAAGAUUAGGUAUGGUAAUGAUAAAUAAACUACAUUUUGAUUUUGAUAAAAUUGCAGAGCAUGAAAGUUGAAUGAA